AUGGUCAACAUGCCGACUGCCACCGCUCGCGACAAUCCGGGCACGGUGCCCGACCAGCAACAGCACGAUUUUUGUGACGCAGCCCAAACCAUGACAUUGUCCCAAUCCGACCAAUCCCAGAUUAACCCGAUGCCUGUGCGAAAGCGACCCUGCAUCCGCCGCGUCACCCGGCCCGAGCUAGGCUCGCUGUAUGACAUCAUGCACGAGCAUGCCGGCGUCGCGCUCUACGUCCUUCCCAUCUGCUGGACCGACCUGCAUGCCAAGUUGCUCGACGUACGCUUCGAGGAGAUGCCCGUCAUCAACCGACCUAUCCCCGAUUUGCCGCCUGGCAUGUGGGUUGAACCGUCGCGCCUGGCGCAGAACCUCACCAACGAGUUGCACACGCUUGUUCGUGAAGAGGGUACGCCUCAGCGCAUCUUCUGUAAGAACCGCGCCAUUAAGCACAUCAUGUCGACCUUCUUCCCCGAGACGAUGUCGCGCCCCAAGAGCGACGCCCAGUUGAAUCUUUACUUCGGCAAGCGCGUCUUCCGUAAGGUUGUUCGUGUUCCCUGCGUCUGGAAGAGCGUCAAGAGCAGCGAUGCAUCCUUUGACUCAUGCCUGACCGUGCCGGCGACGUCUUUCAGCCAGGGACUGAAGGGGUCGCGCGACACGGCGACCGACUACUCACCUAAUGCGCCCAUCAUGGCCUACUUCAACAAGUCCCAGCUUGCCAGCAUACGCAGGAAUCUCUACACCGUCAUUCGCGGGCCCAAUAACACCCCGAACGAACCAGUCACCCGCCUUCAGCAGCUGCGCUCCAAGAUGCUUACUCCUUCAAAUCCCGACUACGACCCUUACCUAGUCGCCGUCUUCCUCGCCAUGGCACAAGCCCAUUUCUACCGCGAACCGCCGUCGCGGGCCUCAUCCCCUCCCGAGUCCCAGAGCCAGAGCCAGCGCAAAUCCAUCCGCCUCACAACCCCCAAAUUCCGCGACAUCAAGCUCCGCAUCAUUACCCACGACGAAGGUAACGACAGUACUCCCAACUUUGUGAUCUACACUGCCGUAGUGACCACCUCCUUCAUGGAACGCUUUCUCCACCCACACAAAGCACCCCCUGCUCAUGAAUCUGGCCCCGGCAUGACCAUCACCUGCACGCCCGUCACCGUCUGGCCCAUCCUCGGCCUCAAAGAACGUCUGGCCAAGGCUCUCGGCACCGAAAUCGCUGGGGAGCCGAUGUUCGCUGACCCAGAAUAUAUUGCCCUCUGGGACGCGUUGCUCGACCAGCCGCGCACGCCAAAGCAAGAGUAUAGUACCCCCUCGCCGCCGCCGACGGCGCCGGGGUACAGGGUCAAGAGAAGAAAGAGGUCGGCCACGCCCGAGGUGAGCCAGCAGAGCCAGGAGUUGGAUCGGAGUGGGAGUAGCUUUGAUGAGGAGGCGAGUACGAGGGCGAAUUCUCCUGUGGAGAGUCGCGAAGAGAAGAAGAAUAGUGGCAACAGUAUCUCGUCGUUGGGAUCCCCUUCCGGGUCUGCAUCCGCGACGGGUUCAGCGUCGGAUGAUCGCCCUGUGCUGAGUCCUGCUGCUAAGAGGAGGAGGACGACGCGUAGGGUUAGUACGCUGGAGGUGUGUUAG